UCGCGAGUGUUUAGGAAUUUCACUUAUUUGAUUUCCAUGAAAAAUGGUCCUAUUUGCGCUUCAAUAGUUUCCCACAAGCCCCAUAAGCUUGCAAAAUAGUUGCAGAAAGACCGAAGGAAAGGAUUUUAUUUGCAGCUUUCCAGGAAAAUUGGUUCACACCGUACACAAUCCAGUUAACCCCAUUAUGCUGUCCCCAAGCAUUAAUAACAUGAGCACAAAUACGGACCCCGCGGACACAGAAACCGCCCCAAUUGCUGGGAAUCGGCGUCUGUGGCGCAACUUUGGGGGCAUCUUCUCGUCACGAAGCAGCGAAUCCGGUGCCGAUGGGUACGUGGAAUUCGGCAUCAGUGACCCCGAGAGGUCUCCCGGAAGGACUCUGGGCACAUUUGCUGGUGUCUUCAGCCCUGUGGCGCUCUCAAUGUUCAGUGCACUCAUCUUCAUUCGUGUCGGAUUUAUCGUUGGGAAUGCUGGGCUGUUCGUCACCCUCCUGCAGUUCGCCAUUGCUUACACCAUCCUCCUCUUCACCGUCUCAUCUGUGUGUGCAAUCUCAACUAAUGGUGCUGUAGACGGUGGGGGUGUUUACUUCAUGAUCAGUCGUACAUUGGGUGCUGAUUUUGGUGGUUCAAUCGGUACGCUCUUCUUCCUGGCCAAUGUUGUGGGAUGUGGGCUCUGUGUCACGGGCUGUGCUGAGGGUUUAAUUGAGAAUUUCGGCCCAUCGGGGUAUUUGGUUGAGGAGGGGGGCUUUACAUUGCCGGACAGCAGGUGGUGGCGCUUCUUCUAUUGCUCCCUCAUAAAUGCCAUCAUGCUGAUUGUCUGCCUCAUUGGGGCCACAAUGUUCGCCAAGACAUCCGUCAUGAUUCUCGGUAUUGUCUCCCUGUGCCUCAUGUCGACGUACAUCAGUUUCCUGGCACAGGGCCCCAUGCAGGUGUCCAUCCCGCAGGAGAAUCAACUUGUGCAGAAUGGAACGAAUGUGACGUAUGGGGCCUACACGGGGCUCUCUCGGAUAACAUUCCAUGAGAAUUUGUACAGCAACUACAGUCAGGAUUAUACAUCCGGUGGGAGUCAGGUGAACUUUGCCAUUGUCUUCGGGGUGCUCUUCUCGGGGGUUACGGGCAUCAUGGCUGGGGCUAAUAUGUCGGGAGAGCUGAAGAACCCCUCGCAGAGUAUUCCACGGGGAACUCUGUCAGCUGUUGCCUUCACCUUUGUCUGCUACAUCCUCCUGGCAAUUCUCAUGGCGGCAACAAGUUCACGCUUCCUGCUGCAGAAUAACUUCCUCUUCCUCAUGCCAAUCAAUCUGUGGAAGCCCUUCAUUGCCAUUGGCAUCACAACGGCAACCUUUUCGGCAGCACUGAGCAAUAUGAUUGGGUCGAGUAGGGUGCUGGAAGCCCUAGCAAAGGACCAAGUAUACGGAAGUGGCCUUAAUUUUGUCAUUAAGGGAACGUGGAAGGGUAACCCGGUGGUGGCGGUAUUUACGAGCUGGUUCCUCGUUCAGGUGAUCCUCCUCAUUGGUUCCCUCAAUACCAUUGCCCAAAUCAACUCGGUGCUCUUCAUGCUGUCCUACCUGGCGACGAAUUUAGCCUGUCUGGGCAUUGAGCUGACCGGAGCCCCAAAUUUCCGGCCAUCCUUUAAGUAUUACUCCUGGCACACGUGCUUCUUCGGCCUCAUUGGCACACUCAUCAUGAUGUUCGUCAUUAAUCCCAUCUACUCCUCAUCCAGCAUCAUUCUGUGCCUUGUCCUCGUCAUUGGGCUGCAUCUCUUUUCCCCGGCGUCACAGGGAGCGCAAUGGGGAUCAAUUUCGCAAGCUCUAAUGUUCCAUCAGGUGCGAAAGUAUCUCCUCAUGUUGGACUCCCGGAAGGAUCAUGUGAAAUUCUGGCGUCCACAGAUGCUUCUCCUUGUCUCAAGUCCACGCUCAUGCUGCCCACUCAUUGAGUUUGUGAAUGAUCUCAAGAAGGGCGGGCUCUACGUGCUGGGGCACGUCAAAUUAGGCGAUUAUGAGGACAAUGAUGAUCCCACAAUUGACGAAUACAAAUACUGGCUCUCUCUCAUUGAUCACCUCAAGGUUAAAGCCUUCGCUGAGGUCACCUUGGCUAAGAGCGUCCGGGAAGGGACGCACCAUCUAAUCAGAAUCUCCGGAAUGGGUGCCAUGAAGCCCAAUACAAUUGUCAUGGGAUUCUACGAUGAGGAGAAUCUCUAUGAUUUCUUUGAUUCCGAAAAUUCCCAGUACUUCACUCAAGCCUUCCGCAGUGAUGCUGCCGACGACGAGGGCACGAGGAUCUUCCCAACACGCGAUCAGGCGACACCGAAGAAACUCUCACCGAGGGAAUACGUUGCCAUUGUGGAUGAUGUGCUGCGUAUGAGGAAGAAUGUCUGCCUCUGCAGGCAUUUCCAGCGCAUGGACAAAGGGCACAUUGGACGCAGUAAUCACAUCAAGUACAUCGAUGUGUGGACAGUGAAUGUCUUCAAUCCUACAAAUGAGGAUCCCUUUGAUGUUGUCUCCCAAUUUAUGUUGCAACUCUCCUGCAUUCUCAACAUGUUGCCCAUCUGGAAGAAGCUCCACGUCCGCGUGUUCCUCUGUGAGACGCAACAGCCGCCGCAGAAUAAUCAAGAGAACUUCACAAUGACCCCACCAGCUGCACUCGAUCAUUCCGCUGAAUUCCGCCUGAGUCAGCAGCUGAAACUCUUCCGGAUCAAUGCGACAAUUCACCAAAUUCCCGAAUGGUCAAAGAAUGAUGACUUUACGCGUCACAGUGCAGUCAUGCGGCGCUUCACGCAGGCCCCUGGUACGCAGGUGGAUGAACAACAAGAGGAAGUAAUCUCAGAGGAGCACCUCAAUCGGUCCCGGAUGUACAUGCAGAAGGUGAAUGAAUUGAUUCGGGAGAGAUCCGAUCAAACGGCUUGUACCUUCAUCUACCUACCAGCCCCACCGCACACAUCCGGCCCACAGGCUCACAUUAAAUCCCUCGCCUACCUAGAUCUCCUAACUGAACUAACAGCUGAUCUUCCACCCACGAUUCUCGUGCAUGGAAUUCAUGCUGUAAACUCAACAACGCUCUAAAAAACAAGAUGGCCCCAUAACUGAAAGAAAACUAACCUAAAAAAACUGAUUCAAAAAAAAUAAUGAAUUUAGAAUGAAACAUGUUAUAUUUUUCUAUAGAUGUUUUACCUCCCACAACUCAACUCAUGCGGAACCUGAGAAAAUCGUUUUUUUUUAUUAAUUAAUUUCUCAAGGCAAUAUUUUCUUAAUUUUUUGUGUUUUCUUUCCAUGAACAAUUAAGUUUCUCUCAAGAGCACUCUACUGGAAAACAUUCUUCAGACACUGACUGUGAUUAGCACAUUUAUGCAUUAAAUAUUAUUUGUUUUAACAUCAGCAGUUUCUGUAAUAACUAACUUUUAAAGAAAAAUUGUAAUUUAUUUACACAUUUAUUUUUUUUUUUCGUCUCACUACCGUUUUACAAAUAAAAUAAUUUUAAUUUGAUUAUUAUAUUUUUAAACUCUUAUUUUUAAUUAAAGAAAUGACAUUAAAUUUGUAUUAUUAGCAAAAUAUAUUACGCCAAUAAAAUGUCUUUUAGCAAUGAAAAUGUA